UGGCUGUUACGGAACGAGCACGAAUUUGUUCUCAUUGAAUACGUCUGAACUCGAUUAUGAUUGGUAUACAUGCAUCACGUGGUCCACCAUAGCCAAUCGGCGUCCGGUGCGUUGAGCGUGGACUUCCACGGAGUGGUGAGCGAGGGCCAUGGGAGUCGUUGCGGUUUAUGCAAAUCCCUCCUCGAGUCUCCUCCUCAAGUCGCAGUGAGCAGAGGGGGCAGUUCGGGGAUUUUUUUUUUAGGAGUUACAUAUUUGAAAAGAGAAAGGGAAAGUAUUGCUCUUGAAAUGUGUUGAUCGUUUCGAACACUCAGCUAAAAUCUGAGCACUGCUUAGUCUACCAGCCUGAGCUGCGAAAAAAAUGUGCUUGUCCGAAAAGCAUGCCGCAGUGUGGAACUUGUAAAAAGCCGGUAGUCACACAGACAUUCUGCCGGUUGGGGUUGUUCUCUUUGUCUGUCUGAGAGCGUGCUCUUUUGUCUGGGUUUUGCUCUUUGUUGCGGGGGAAAGCGGCGCUGACAGGUUGUAUUUUUUGGGGGGUCGUCGCUGUAUUUUCGCGUAUUUAAAAUGCUACACAUUAAGAAAUAUUUAACGGAGGGACUUAUUCAGUUUACAAUUCUCUUGAGUUUAAUUGGAGUUCGCGUGGAUGUCGACACAUACUUCAACGGCUAUCUCUCGCCGCUCCUGGAGACAAAUAUUGGGCCGAGUUCAGCUUACAUACAGACACAUUUUCACAAUUUGAGGGACACUUUGGAUGGUUAUAGCCUGCACCCGAAAUGUCCCGAUUUGGACUACUAUUUCGCUAGCAGGAGGCUUCUGCACGAGGUGCGUGCGCUGGGCUCGCCCAGGUUCCCCACGCGACUCAGCGCGUGGCUGGUCCACUUGGUUCCUGCUGGUGCAGAAUCGGGCGCCGCAGGCCAGAACAGCACCGGGGCCGCGCUGUCAGACAAUGUUACCGACGGCGAGAACGGCACCCAAACCGACGCGGAAGAGGAAGACAACUGCACGUUCUACCGGAGAAGGCUGCUGGAAGACGGGAGCCAGUCUUCGGAUCCCGAAAAUGACACCAGGCCGUGCCCUAGCGAGGCAGGCAAAGAGGACACUGAGACGCUGGGAGCGUUGCUGUGGAGACGGGGGCAGGAUGACCCCCCUGCUGUCGAGGGAGGGGUCACGGAUGCGCCCCUGGGCCUGGACUGCAGUCUCACCCUGGACCCUGAGGGUCUCCAUGGAGACGGCGUACCGCUGCUGGGUGAGCUGCCGUCCGGCCUCGAACCCCAGGCCUUCCCCGGCCGGGAUGUGGACCAGCAGUGGCAGGACUUCCUGUCUCUGUCCGGAUUCGACGACCUGGACGUGGACAUCUCCAGCGCCAUCAGCCAGGACGUGAGCCUGCAGGACGCCAUGGUUGCGGGGGGCGGGGCCUCCGGAGCAGAGCCUCACAGUGGAGCCGGGGGCGGAGCCAGGCGGGUGUUCCGGCUGGAGUCCUCUGACUCCUCCCACUCGUACGGGACCCCGGGCGGGUCGGGCUUCCUGGACGAGGCGGUGUUUGAGCAGAUCAACCUGCUGGGCCUGGAGGGCGUGGCCGAGCUGGAGGGCGUGGCCAGCCUGGAGGGGCGGGACUCAGACUCUGGCCUAUCGCUGGGGUCGGACUCACGUAGCCCCGCCUCCCCGGACCCCUCGGAGGUGUCGCUGGGACAGUCAGGGCACGAGGGCGCAGCGGGGUGGAGCAGCGAUGCCAUGGCAACAGACGCCAUGGCGACAGACGCGUGGUCGCCCCUGGCGAGGGCGGAGUCAGUCCAGCACAACCACACCUACCCGGCCCUCCCCCUGGCCUACCUGAGGGAGGUGAAGGAGGAGGUGCUGAGUGAGGAGGAGGAGGAGGAGGAGGAGGAGGAAGGGGAGGUGAGCAGGGACGAGCGGCGUGCCCGGGCGCUCUGCAUCCCCGUGUCGGUUCGGGAGAUCGUGGGCAUGCCCGUGGAGGACUUCCUGCAGCUGCUGGGGGGGCGGGGCCUAACGGAGCCGCAGGUGACCCUGCUGCGGGACAUCCGCCGGCGCGGGAAGAACAAGCUGGCCGCGCGGAACUGCCGGCGGCGCAAGCUGGAGGCCAUCGGCCGGCUGGAGGGGGAGGUGGGCCGGCUGGAGCGCCAGAGGGAGGGGCUCCUGCGGGAGCGCGCUCAGACCGCCCGGGCCCGGACCGGCCUGCUGCAGCGGCUCGGCCUGCUCACCCAGCGAAUCCUGGCCCAGCUUCGCCUUAGCCCCGCCCACCACGCCCUGCACUGCUCCCCCGACGGCCAGGUCAGUGUGCUGCCCCGCGGCCACGCCCACGCCCCCCGCAGGGACCGGAGGAAGAAGGACAGGAAGCGCUGACCCCCAAAAACUGCCCCGCCCCCGCCCCCGCCCCGCUACGGGCAAGCACCUGCCCCUGUGCUGUGGGACCCCAGUUUGCUGUCCCAACAGUGCUCCACAAUGCCCUGUGUGUGUGUGUGUGUAUGUGUGACAGGGAGAUUAGCUGUGUGUGUGUGAGAGGACCUGUGUGUGUGUGAGGGUGGGGGGGUGUACCUAAAACACUGGACUAAAAACUUUGUUAAAAAAAUUCUGUUAAAAAAAAAAAAAAAGAUUUCUGAUCCAAAUAGAUUGUGUGAUUAUAUCCUCAUCAGCUGUACACCUGGGAGACUUGGGAGGGAACGUGUGUGAUGCAGCCGCUGAAAACCGUUUUUGAGGGCGGCAACGUUAGUUUCAUU